AUGGCAAAGCUAGCUACCAAUAUAGACCUCCUGAUCUCAGGCAUGAGGGUUGGAAGGAGAGACCCUGACAACCCAACCAUUGCAGCCGUAGGAGAAGAUAAGGCCUUCUUUAGCAAACCUCCAAGUUAUGAAAUCCAGCCUAAAAUUCUUAAGAAAAGACCAGACAUGGCAGGCGGUUUUAAAAUUCCUGAAGAAAUUAUGAAGAACAGAAACUCCAAUAACCAAAGAAUGGACACUGAUGGUACUGAAGAAUAUGAAUUACAGGAUGAAAGUAAUAUUAUAACAAAAGACGAAAUCAUAAAGGAGCUCAACCUUGCUUCUGGAGCUCAUCCCUCAGGUGAAGCUGAGGGCUCAUUCACUAAGAAGGGUCUUGCCAAUGAUUUAGUAGAUUCUAUCACAAAAGAACUUGAGAAAUUACGACGCCAAAGCGAGAAUAUUCAGACCAGGAAGAACUACUUCACCAAUGAAAUCGUUGAAGAACCAACUGAAGAAGAAAGAAACUUAGAAAUAAAGAACGGUCUUGAGGAUAUGGGGUGCAAUGUUAUUCACGCUGAAGAAGAAAGAGUCCAAGCUCAAAGACACCAGACAGGGCAACUCGGUGGUUUAGGCGCUAUCACACUUGAAGAAGUUCUAGAAGUCAGAAAACAGACUGAAGCAAAGCUCAAAGACCUCGAGCUGAAGUAUUACCAAGAUAAAGACAGACUAUACAUUAGUGAAAUCAUGAGAAAGAAGCUUCAAGGUUAUAAUAGUGAAGAAAUUGACAGAAAAAGAGAGAUGCUUAUGAGGGAAAAAGACAAAGAAUACUAUGCCCUGGAAGAAAAAGCAAAUGCUAUCCUCAAAGAGAAGGAAUUCAGAGCAAGCGCCUACAACCCAGAGCGGACAUGGGUUAGAAGGAUUGCUCCAUAUAAGGAAAAAGAUGGCGAAGAAGUUGACGAAGCUAAAUUGCUAACAAAGUCAAAGAAGAGUUUUGACAAACCCCCUACAGAAGAAGAGAUCAAGCGAAUGCUCUAUGAAGCCAAAUUUGCAAAAUAUAGAGUUAACAGAAAGCUCAAGGAGGAGUAUGACAGCGGUAAAAAGAAGACAGAAGAUUUUGAUCUAUAUUUAAAAGGCAAGGAAUCAGUCCAUGCCAAGGCUAAGAAGAUUAAUUGGGAUGACCUCUUCGCACAAAAGCUGAGACCUGAGAAAUAUAGCACUGAUUAUGCUGUCUAUCAGUCUGAUUUCGACCUGAAAAUGCUCAAUAUCAUUAGAAAGAAGUUAGAACAAUUAAGUAAAGAGGAUAAACUUGUGUUCAGUAUUUUAAAAUGGAUCUUCAAUGCACUCAAGAAAAAGGAUGGAUACAUCUACAGAAAAGAAUUAGUCGACCAACUCGACCAGAACAUUGAUAUUUUACAGUCACUAGGGUUCGAAAGUAUAGAGGAUGUCUCACAUAGCCUCGGACAACUCAGAACAGCCAAGACAGGCAAGUUGUCUUGGGAAGAAUUUCUUGACUUCUUUGGAAGCAGAACUGAGAGUUAUAGAAAGAAAACUGGAGAGCCGUGGUGGAAAACUGAACAAGAAGGUAGAGAGCUUUAUAUCCCUAUUAAUGAGCAGAAACCUGCGAAAGUAGACUCAAGGUCAAGAACAGAACAGCUCAAUUCCCAGGCUUAUGUGAGAAUGAAAACUAAGCCCGAUGGAAGUACUGUCUUUGAAGAAAACCCCGAUGACCCUCAAACAGAAGCUAAAAUGAGGAAACUCACUGAAGCCAGAGUCAGUAAACUCAUCGUUGAAGAUAUCGAGAAAGAACUGCAAGCUCUUAAAGGUUCACAGAGAAACAGGACGAGCUCCCCAAGCAAAGCUGACAAAUUCAGGACUACAGCUACUAUCGGCGGAUUAGUAAGAAGCUCCCACCCAGAGAUCUUCAGGUCAGGACCAGAAUGUCUUCUUCAGAACUCUCAUAUGGAACUACUACAUGAAAUUUUUAACUUAACUGAUAAAUACAAUGAUGGAAUUGUGAAAAUCACUGACUUGAUCAACAACAUCAAAGAAAGCAAGGAUAUCCAGCUAAACGAAGAAGCCAUCAAACUCAGACCUGGACAUACAAAAUCAGAUCACUCAGCAGGAAUGACUGACACCGGAGCGAUGACUAAGAGCCAAAAGCCAGUCAUUCUGACCAUAGAAGAUACCCUGAAAGACCUGCACAGGGCUCCUUAUAUCCAUGAUGAAGAAUCUGAUGAUGAAAGAUAUAAACACAAAGAAUACAUUACUUGGGAUGAAUUCGUAGACUUCUUCGAGGACUACAAAACACCAGAAGACGUCAUCCUUCAGAAUAAAGACAAGACUCGAAACAGGAUCGAGUUCAAAACCGAUCGAGAGAAGAAGGCUGAGAUGCAGAAACAGAUUGAGGAAGAGAAAGACAGGAGGCUUGAGAACCUCCCUCGCUUCAGAGACGAUGACAUUAUCGAUGCUGAUGAGAAGUACCUGGACAUUGUUUACAAUGUAUUUGACUCCUGCGUCCGCUCUAAAGAUAACCAGAAUGCUAUUGAAGCUUUAGAAUUCUAUUUAAAACUUAAGAAAACUUCAGAAGUAGUCAAAAUCAACGGAACUAUUGCAAGAGAACCUUCAGGAAAGUCAAAGAUCGCCACUGAAACAUUCUCAGAAGUGUUUUACAGAAUGGAGAAAGAACAUCAAGAAAGGUACAUUGAUUGGCCUACCAUCUUGGAGUAUUUUACAAAGCGAGGAAGACCACUGACUCAAGAAGAAAUCGAAAUUCGAAAGCAGCAAGAUUACGAUGAAGAAGACGAGUUUGAGAGAGAACAACAAGAAAUUAAAGACAGAGAGGACAAAUUUUAUAAUGAUCUUGACAACGAACAUUCUCAGCUCUCUUCUCCCAGACGAACUCGUGAAUUUGAAAUACCAGAAGGCAGAGACGACAUUGAGGAUAUGGAGGUAGUCAGCAGCGCAAGAGGUGGGUUCAGAUCAACAAUCCAGUCUAAGAAGAAAGUGUCUUUCAAGGAUACCUUCAAUGAUGGAUCAUCUACUUUUGACAGACCUCAGACAGCCUCAGGAAGGAUUACCAAGUCCUUGAAGGAAGAAGUAGUCACUGGAAAAGACUACACUAACCACAGAAGAGCUAAUAAGAAAAGGAAAGGCAAAUCCAAUGAGAGAAGAAUUACUGUCCCUAAACCAUUCAAGUUUGACACAAGAGAUAAAAUCAGACCAAAGUCUAUUAGAGAGAGGAAAGUUGAUGAAAUGAUUGAAGAGAAGAAGAUAAAGGAAGAAAAUUUACUCCAGCAUAUUUUCAGAGCCAAACAGCCUCAUAAAGACAUUAUCACUCCGAAGUAUAACCAAAUUAUGCAGAAAAAUGAAAAUAGAAGGAAACAAGUUAAAGAUAAUUCAUCCAAGAUUCUCCUUGAAAGACAGAAACCUUUCUCUUUCUACGAGAGAGACAUUGAGAAAAAGGAAGCUAAAAAGAAUCAAGAUCCUUAUAUGAAUGAGGAGUUUUUGAAGCCAGUCUUUAAAGCCAAAGAAGUCCCAGACACAACCUACGGGAAAUCCUAUAAAGAACGCCAGAAGAUUCAAGAUGAGGAACGUGAAAUCAGAGUCAACAGGCGCAAGCAAAAGAACCUUGUUGCAUCAAAACUCCCUCCAAGAAUGGAACUUCAUGAAAGGCAGAGAAGAGAACAGGAAGAAAGAUACUCAGAACAAGGCAAGAAGGAAGAUUUAUCCAGAUUUGGCACAUUUGAGCCUCCUAAAGCUAAACAAAUUCCUGAUUUUGAUAGACUCCAGAGAGCAUUCCAGGAUGGACUUGACAGGAAGAAGACGAGUGCCAAACUUACAACGCCAGAGCCUUUCAAAUUUGAGAACGAACUUAACAGAAAGAAGGGAAGUAAGACCAAAGCGUCACUCAGAACUUUCAUGGAUGAGGAGAAUGACCCUAGAGGGUUCAAUAGAAGCUCUACAAGAAAACCUGGCUAUAUACCUAAUCACUCAAAGCCAGCUGUUAACCCAAAGAGUACGAAGAAGCAGGCGGGUCUUGAAGAGAGAAGACGUAAAGAACUCGAGCAGAAAAUGAAAACUGAGUUACAAACAAUCAAUGAGAACAAAGAAAGAUACAUGAAACAGAACAAGCUUAAAGCUCUUGAUAAUACUCAUGAGAAGAAGAAAACCCGAGUCUUAGAUCUCCAGCACAAGAUCCUCGGAAUGAAGAAGGACGAUAAAAAUAACAGAGAGAAGAUCAAAGAAACCGUAGAGAAAGGAAGAAACAAUCCAUUACUGAUAGAAAGAUAUCAGGCUGAUAAUGAAGCUAGAAAGAGAGAACUGGACGGCCUCAACGCAAUACGGAUGGUCAGAGAUUCUAUGGUAAAGAAUAACCUUAACCCUCAAAAACAUCUUAACGAUGACCAGCUUGAUCAACUUGCAGAUGCAGAUUUCUUAGACAAGCACAAGAAAGGGAAAUAA